AUGACCGAUAUCGAUAUUCUUCAGUCUAAAGACAUUCCAAUAAUUGAUUUUUCAUUAUUUGAAACGAAUCAAUCACUUUGUGCACAACAAAUUAAACUUGCUUGUGAAAAUUUGGGAUUUUUUUAUUUAAAAAAUCAUGGAUUCGAUGAAAAAGACAUUGAAGAAACAAAACUUUAUUUUGACCAACCUCAAGAAGAAAAACAAAAAUUAAAAAUAAAUGAACAUUAUUAUGGAUAUAUAGAUAUUCGUCAAGAAGUACUUGACCUUGAAACUCAAAAAAUUGGAGAUCAUAAAGAAUCAUUUAAUUUUAGUAAAUUUAAUGAUAAUGAUGAACCUUUGGCUCAGGAUUUACCUCCUUUAUUUCAUGAAAGGAAAUCCUUAUUUUCAUCCUUUUCUAAAAUAUUACAAGUUUUAGCAAUCGCUUUAGAAAUACCACAAAGUGAAGGUGAUAAGUAUUGGUUUGAAUCAAAACAUAGUUAUGAUUUAAAAUCUGGUGAUUGUUUACGAGUUAUUCAUUAUCCUCCAACGGUGACUGAUAAUGAUCAAAAAGAUAUUCGAGCUGGAAGUCAUUCAGAUUAUGGCUCGUUAACGGUCCUCUUUCAAAAAGAUAUUGGUGGUUUAGAAAUUCUACCUCAAAAUUCUACAGAAUGGGUUCCCGUUCCUGUUAUUUCAAAUCAUGUGGUAAUAAAUAUCGGUGAUUGUUUACAAUUUUGGACAAAAGGUUUAUUCAAAUCUAUUAAACAUCGAGUUGUUUUUCGUAAAGAUACUCGUGAUUUGGAUAGAUACAGUAUUGCAUACUUUUUUCAUGCUGGCUCUGAUGUUAUAUUAAACAGUAUUCCUUCAAAAUUAAUCCCCCAAGAAGAUAAUAAUACAAAAUAUAUUACUGCUGGCGAACAUCUACAAAAUAAAAUAAACGUCACGUACCAAAAAAUUUAUUAG